GGAUUUUGUUUGAUAGUGAACGUAUUAAUUUACAAGUCGUUUUGAAACUUAACGUAAUUUCUCAUGUUUUCUGUUUUCGAUAAAUUGUUUAUUAUUAUUUUAUUUGGCAUCAUCCAUCGUUCAGAAGCGUUGGUCGAACUCCCAAAACUCGAAGUGGACGAUCUUGUAAGAACAGAGAAAAUUAUAAGAAACACAACAAACAACAUUUUAUCCAGUUUGAAAUUUAAAAAACCAAUAAACAGCACAAGGAUCAAAGAAUUUUCAACGUUACAUCAUUAUUUUUUAUCUAUUACAUUUCGACAUUCGAGUACACUGAGAGAAAUAGCUCGACUAACUAGAAUUGACUAUAAAAAAUAUAAUAACGCGACGGAAAAUUUAACGACAGCUAUAAACGAAUUACUAGACGAUGGCCAAUGUUCUAAUGAAAAAAACAUAACCUCAAAUAAAACGUCAAAUGAAGAUACGAACGUACUUCUAUAUGUAGACAAUUUUCUAGCAAAACUCGAAACCUUAAAAGAAAGUUAUGGCGUUAAUAAAGUAUUUUCAGAUAUUAAUUCUAAUAUAAUUAAGCUUUUAGAUGAAUCUAGACAAGCAAGUUUCAGAUCGAAAACUAAUGUAACGAAUUUAAGCCACGACCAUUUGUUUGACAGUAGUGAAUAUUGGGUUCCAAGCGGCCGACGUAUUUACAAAGGGGAAAGAACCAAAAUCAAACAUUAUCCGUUCAUGGCCAGUAUUCAAAUUUUCGAUGUCUUCCAAUGUGCAGGCUCUAUUAUUAAAUCGGAUCUUAUUAUUACGGCGUCUUCAUGUCUGCAAUUGGCUUGGAAUAAUCGUUUCUAUCGAGAGAAUCCAGCUUUCCUCGCUGUCCGUGUCGGAUCAUCAUUUUAUAAUAGUGGCGGAGAGAGAAUAGCCAUUUUAGAGAUAUAUUUCCACCCUGAUUACAAUCCGAAGAGCCUUUGGAAUAAUAUAUGUGUAUUACGUCUUGAAAGGCAUAUAGAAUUUUUAAAGGAUAACGUAAAGAGCGUUAAGAAAAUAGCGAUAGAUAAAAAUCCAUGGAAUUUACCUGUUAAUACUCCAGGAAUUACGAUCAUUGGUUGGGGAGCUAAGUCGACCAGUAAUAAAGUGGGUGAUCCCUUUCAUAAUAUAUUAUCAUAUUCACACCUAGAUGUUUACCCGACUAGGGAAUGUCAGGAAGUUUACACCAAAGAGUACGUCACGAAGCAAAACUUUUGCGGCGGUUUCUUCUCGAAGGGUGGUGGUGCUUGCAAUCGUGAUGUAGGUGCCCCUGGCAUCAUAGGAGGGACUCUAGUCGGUGUGGUCAGCUUCGGAUCUCCAGUUUGUGGUACACCUGAUGCGCCAACCGUCUUCACGAAGGUCGGCUACUACUAUCGAUGGAUAGAGAAUAUCAUGGAAAUGGAUGUGCCUCGUAGUAAAAAGAAAGCAACAACAAAAUACACUCUAGAUCCCUAUGAACAAUAUUUGACAACGACUCCUGCAACAACGAUAUUUAAAAUAGAGCCUCUAUUAGGUGGUAAACCACCUUCUGUACUCGAUGAUACUGAUUACGAAGACAAUGAGAAUGCAUUACGUACACUAGAUGAUAAAUUAUUCCAAGAAUUUCUAGAAACAAUGUUCGGUAGUAAAGAAGUAAAGAAAUACGAAGAUGUGAUACAUCAAGAUGGGGUUGUUUUAAGAGAGACUAAAGAGAAAAAGACAGUUAAACAAAUCGAUGUAACAACGACUGAAAUAUCACUGCAGCCUGUAACAUAUGCAUACGAUUCUGAUAUAGAAAGUCCUCGUACUCAAAUCAUACCUGUAGAUACAUAUGAAGUAACAGAUCCAAUACAAGUAACAGAAAACAUUGAAGUAGAAGAAUCAUAUAGUAAAUACGUUGAUCCAAAACAUAAAUCUAAAAUAGAAAGAAAUAAACCUAAAGAUAUUGUCUAUGAUAUACCAGUAACAACUACAGAGGAAGCGCAAGAAAUAUACCUCGAAUUAGCUCCAGAUUCCGGUAAAGAUUCUCAUGAUCAAUCCAAUCAAGAACAAUCAAUUGACAAUCAAGAACAGAUUGUUGACCAAUCAGAGGCUGUGUCUAAAGGUAAAGAGAGUUCAGAAACAUCAUCUGCGGAUAUUAGCGAAAUACCAGGAGAAGAAGUGAUAGCAGAAUUAUUAGAUGAAAUUGAUUUUAAUCAAAUUUUAAGAGAGGUCUCCACUGAUGCUACAAUACCUAAAAGUUCUCGUCCAGGUUAUGCGACUAAAUUAGAGAGACAUAGAUUUUUAAGUACUACUACGGAAUCUGCAAACGCUAAAUAUUAUAAUAUUCCACGUGAAUUUAAAAGUGCAGACGGUGUUGUAGAAUCUGGUAAUAAUUCAUUAUUAACAUUAUUAUACUUAUCUGAUGGUGAAAAGAAAAGAAAUGUCAAUAAAUAUAAUUUGAAUGUUGAAAUUAGUAGAAGUAAAAAAAUUAAUCCGAGACAUUUUAAGAGAGACAAUACAUUAUAUAAUUUGGGUCCAAAAACUGAACUUUAUAGGAUUAUAUCACGCGUUAUUGAAGCUGCUAUGAGUAAUCAAAAAUAACGAAUCCUCUU